AUGGCUAGCAGACAGAUCAAGUGUGGUCGUAGCUGCUACUACGACCCGUUGACACAUAUAUGGACCGGUUUACCGACUCCACCGCUGUACAACAUCAACCAGAGCAUUGGGCAGCUUAUACUUACCCUGCUGCAGCGAAGUGACCCAAUGCACGUUGUACAGAUCAACGCGGACAUCGAUCAAGGUCGUGCAGUAACCAGUCGGGAGAUGUACCUGCGUACGGUCCGUAUCGCGGAGCAUCUAGCGCAGCUCGGGUACGGCAAGGAUACGCCUAUGGCGGCCCUAGCAUCCCGCAACGGCGAACACGUUGCACCGGUGAUGUUCGCCUGCUUUGCUUUGGGCAUCCCCAUCAACACACUGGACGUAGCGUUCAACGUUGCCGAUUUUGCUCACAUGUUAAGUGUUACGCGUCCAACGAUUGUGUUCUGUGAAAGCAAUAUUUUGGACGUGGUUCGUGAAGCUGCCGGACGUGCCUCGAUUGAUCCGGAGUAUGUACUGUUUGAAGACACCGUCGAUGGAUAUCGUCAUGUGCGGGAUCUGUUAGAGCCAACCGGUACUGAAGAUUCUUUUGAACCAUCCACACUAGAGGAUCCUGCUACACAUUUGGCUGUUAUUUUGUGCUCCUCCGGUACGACAGGGUUAUCGAAAGGUGUUAGCUACUCUCACGCCUUCUGCAUCGCCAAUCUACCGUCGCUAUGGCUAAUGGCUCCAACGGAUUGUCUGCUCGCCUUUAGCUCGCUGUACUGGCUAUCCGGCUUUGCUUCACUGGUGAUUGGUACCGUUGCACAGGCAACGCGCGUCAUCACUCGUGAACCAUUUACAUCGCAACUAGCCAUUGACAUAAUGGAGAAGCAUCGCGUGACAAUCGCCUUCUUCCCGCCUUAUCAAUCAAAUCUUCUCGUAAACGAGCCACAAUUGGCAAAAGCUAACCUAUCCACACUGCGGUUAUUGCUCUGUGGCGGUGCACGUGUAUCGAAGCAGCUGUAUGCAUCGUUGCGGAGCUGCCUGCCGUCCCAUACGCACAUUCAAAUCGGUUACGGUAUGUCCGAAUCCUGCCUAAUCUCGCUAACAGACGGCAAGAGCUACCGAGAUGAUUGUGUCGGUACACUGUAUGCACGGGCUGCGGCUCGGAUUGUAGACGAUCAGACAGGUCAGCGUAAUCUGCCCCCCGGCGAACCGGGAGAAAUUUUGUUACGCGUAAUGGUUCCCUUUUCCGGGUACUACGGCAAUGAGGCCGCUACGAACGAUAUGAUAGGAUCAGAUGGUUGGAUGCGUACCGGUGAUAUUGGAUACUUCGACGCGGAUGGACAUCUGUAUGUAAUUGAUCGCAAGAAGGACAUCAUCAAGUACGCAGGCCAUCAAAUAUCUCCAACAGAAUUGGAGGCACUAAUCAAACAAUUGCCGGGUGUUCUUGAAUGCUGUGUCGUUGGACUACCGGGUGAAGGGACCGAUCUGCCAGCGGCGCUAAUAAUCCGCACGCCUGGAAUGAUUGAAGACAUGGUUACCGCUGACCAGGUACAGCAGUAUGUGGACGAACAAGUAUCCAACCAUAAGCGACUCAGGGGAGGGGUAUAUUUUACAGAGGAGAUGCCGCUGACUCCUUCGGGAAAAAUAAUACGCCGCAAGUGUCUUGAACUUAUUCAAAGCAUUCUCAAAGGCGAGCAACUACCACAUUCCUAA